AUGGAAAGACUGUGCGGAGUACGGACCAAUGCGUACGCAUUUAUGAAUAACAACAUAGGGGAUGAUCAUGCUGCAGCGGACAAUCUGGACGAUCUCACUACGAGCGACGACGUGGUUGUGCUGGAGAACAACCUCAUGCGAGCCGAGAUCAGCAAAGCGACGGGUUUUAUCACGAAGCUGGCCAACAAGAAGAAGAACAUACAGAUCCCGUUAUCGCUGGAGGUAGCAUACUACCAAGCUUUCCAAGACAGCGGUCCGAAAUCUGGUGCCUACGCAUUCGUUCCCGACUCGAACAAGACGCACCCGGUGACUGGUAAAAGUGGAGCAACAAGCAGCAUGCUACCGGAUGUGACAAUGCUGGAGCUGCAAACGAUUAGUCUUGCCGUUGAUGAUGGUCUCGUCAGUGUGCCGCGUGUGUGUUCAAGAUCGGCAGCUGGGUUACGCUUGAAUACCGCGUGA